AAGGAAUGAUUGUUUUAUUAACGGCUAUCCUGGUAAUUAUUCAUUUGUAAUUGUAAACUGUUUUAAAUCUUUUCUUGUAUUUACGUACAUACCUACACAAAGACAAUUUUGAUAUGCACAUUUUUGGUCGAGAAACUCCACUGUUGAAAGUCGGAUUAUACUUUCAGUUGCUUUAAGUUACAACAUGUUGAAUAGUCUAGGCAGCCAUCCAAAGUGAAAUGCUUUUAUGGUUUUGGCAGCGCACUGUUAUUGUCUCUAUAAUGAGGUGUAAAGUCAUGACGACGGAAACAUUUUGGUAUUCACGUCGUACACACGAUUAACGAAAUAAAUUAUAUGCGUAAGGAUAACACAUGUCUUGUAUCAUUUUCUACUGUAACAUUUCGAUAAUUUACUACAAUUUCACUCAAAUCAAUUAGAUUUAAUCAAUUUAAUUCAUUUACCACAAAAUCACAACUCCUGAUGCGUCAGCCCCUUAACGAUGGCAACUGCGUGACUCUACUGUAGUACCGGUAGUGUAAUAUUAUCCUACGCGUUUCUUUAUUAAAUUCUACAUAUUUAUAAUACACAUAUAUAUUUCUUUAAAUCAUAUAUACCAAAUAUAGUUAUCGUACUAUUAACAAGAAUUAAAGCAAAGCUGCCAGUGUGUUUUAUUUUACUUCUAUAAUUAGCAUUUAAAUUAUAGCGCAGUACGUAUCACCAAAACAUGAGACAACUUGAAUGAAGGAGAUAAUACUAGUUUAACGAUAAGCUGAAACUGCAUGUAAAAGGGAACUAAUUACAAUUAUUUAUAGAUAUGAUAGAUACAAUGAUACCUGUCCGAACAUAUCGGUAUGAAGGCAGAAGACUGAAAGCUUGAUAGAAUGGAAUCCAGAUUACCCGUAAAAUACGACGAUUCUUAAGUUCAGGAUGGAACUUAGAAAGGGGCCUUGGUCGAAAAAGGUCUUAGUUCCAGCCUGUUUUUUGGUAAUUCUAAUCUGGAUCUUUCUAAUCGACAAUUCGUUACUACUCGAUGGCUUGUCCGGUAAACCGACCUCACAAAAAUCCAGAAUUUCUGUUUCCUCCACACAAACACACGAUCAAAAUCUGGACCAUCUACACAUCAAGGAAAUAUCAUUGACAAACGACGUCGAACCGCAACACUAUAAGCUAUCGAGACUUCAAAUGGUGUCACUUUGGGCAGGCAGCAACAGCAGCGUUAAAGGAAAUUCUACGAUCCCCCUAACCUCCCCACGAAUAUAUCAGAUCUUGAAACAGCAAGGCUUGAUGCCCAGCAAACAAUUGCCGACCGCGUUGAUAAUCGGUGUCAAGAAAGGCGGGACUAGAGCACUGUUAGAGUUUCUAAGAUUGCAUCCCGCUAUUCGCGCUGCUGGAUCCGAAGUGCACUUCUUUGACCAUCAUUACAUCAAAGGAUUUCAUUGGUACAGACACCGAAUGCCCCCAACCUUAGCCACCCAAAUCACGAUGGAAAAGACGCCAUCUUAUUUCGUGACCAGUGAAGUGCCACGAAGAGUUCAACGUAUGAACCCGACAAUGAAAUUAAUUCUGGUUGUGAAGGAUCCUGUUACUCGAGCAAUAUCUGAUUACACGCAAGUAAAGAGUAAGCGAGCCAAUAUGCCGAAGUUCGAGGACCUGGCGUUUUUAAAUGGAUCGAAGAUCGUAGAUACGUCAUGGGUGCCGUUGAAGAUCGGCGUCUACGCGCGACAUUUGGAAAGAUGGCUCCAGUACUUUCCCCUGUCGCAGUUUCUAUUUGUGUCGGGCGAGAGAUUGAUCGUUGAUCCUGUCGCCGAGAUCACCAGGGUACAGGAUUUCUUAGGCCUAAAGAGAGUGAUCUGCGAGAAACACUUUUAUUUUAACGCUACAAAGGGAUUCCCCUGUUUGCUCAAAUCUGAGGAACGUCCUACUCCCCACUGCCUUGGUAAGAACAAGGGUCGUAGUCACCCCUACAUAGACCCUGUAGCGAUACAUCGAUUGAGAGAUUUUUAUCGUCCAUUUAACCAACGAUUCUAUCAGUUGACGGGGAUGGAUUUCGGUUGGUUGUAAGACUAACGAGAUAAGUAAAUACAUAUCGAAGAUAGUUAAUUAAAGCGUAGUCAAUGUUACGGCUCGCGUUCACUCGCGAGCCGCGAAGAUGGUUCCAGCCGGCUAAUCUUGCUCACGACCGUGCGUACAAAACUUAAUUCUUUAUCGACUACUAUCGCCAUGAGCUCACAGAUGUGCACGGGAUGUCAUCGAAUUCACGGUGUUCACCGUACACGCAGUGGAACAUCGUUGUUCGUUCGAUAAGCGAACGGAAACUAGUUCCAUGAGAUUGCGGUCAACGAACUCUUGGCUUCCUCGCCGUCUGUAACUUGGCAUAUCCUAUUGACCAAUCGAUAUUAGGGAUAAGCGAAGCGAAAUUGUGAAUUCCGCCUGCAGAAGAGUCUAAUAGACAAUUUAGAGAUGCGGAUAGAGCGAUUCAGCGAUCUAAUAAGUGAGAGAGUCCAGUGUCGCCGAACGAACUGCGGCAUGUUGUCAAUAAUUCAACAAUCACGAUACGAGCAGCACGGUGAAUCAUUCUUUAUCUUUUCUCAAAUUUUGUCCGACAAGCUUUGGUCGACGUGAAUUUGUAAAUUUCAUUUUUGAAAUUCGGAAAAUCGUAAUCGCGCGAGUUGACGCGGAUCAGUGAAUUUUUUCGUGAGACACGCGCAUGCAAGGCGUUUAGGUUUACGUAAAUGGAUAAUUAUCAUGGGAAAAGAGAAGGUUUUAUCGAUGAUUUCCAUUCGUCCUUGCGCGACAUGGAAUAAAUUUAUCGCGAUCGCGCGAGAAACGUGAUCGUUGUUUUUUCAUGUAUUGACAAUAUUCAAACAGAUUCCUGUCUUUCGUGGUAUUACCGCUAGACACCGCGAAUGUUACUGAACUAUCAGUGAUUUUUUAGCACACAUAUCACGCUAUAUUUUGUAUAUAAUGUUGCGAAGCAACUCCGAAGAAUUGUUUUCGCGAGGAUGUCGUUCGUUUUUUUGUAUAAAUAGCUCCUAUUUUCGAAUUACUGUAUCUUCCAAGGGGACUUCGUAGUUUCUAAUUUGUUAUUAACAUAUACAUACGACGAUUCAAUAGGUUUAAGUAUAUUAUUUUAUUGUCGGUCGACGCCGAUGAUCCUUGUUUACGUUUGCAUCGAUGCGAUACGAAUAUUUGAAUCGUUACCGAUGGUUGCCGCUGCAUUCGAAUGUUAAAUUUUAACUACUGCGUUAGAUUUAAAAAUUUUAAUGUUUUAGAAAACGUUCUGUUUAGAUAGUAGAAAUAUAACGAAGAUACUAAAUCGAAGUAUGUAUGAGUUAAAUGUAUCACUUUGAAUAUAAACUCGGAGAGAAACUAACAUUUUUCAUCGAACAAAUAUAUUUUUCAAACGUUUAAAAGCUUGCACGUUGAACGAAUUCUAUAGAAAGUCUCAAUUCUUUUCCAUUCGUGGAUAGUUAAUAGUUUCGUUGCAUGUGUAAUGUGCAAUUUCAACGAGCGUACAUCGGUUAGAAGAGACAAUUAUUAAUAACGUCAAUUAGACAUUUGUAACGGUAAAGGGAUAUUAAAGAAAUUUGUAUAAUCUACACAAAGAGAAAUCAGGCAUUGAUCCUGGUAUGUGCAGAUAGGCACAAGCUUGCAUGAACUGCAAACCAAAUAAUCCAUUUAUAUUUUGCAAAGGUGCACGCACAUUCGCACACGAUGUAACGUGAGAGUUUGUACAAAUGCGAUCGUAGCGUUAAGUAAAUUUCGAUUGAGUGCUAGUCAUAGAUAGUUGUUAAUCAAUUAGAGUUUAUUCCGAAGAAGCCGUAUGUUCUUCGCCUUUCGAUAAUGGGGACAUGUUUAAACGAUUUUAGGAGUUUAAGUAAACGUUAAGUGAGUCGAUUCUGGAAUAGUUAAGUAUACAUUAAGUUACUUUGCUCAAGUGGCCUAAUUGAUCUAUUUGAAAAGAGGAGAAUCUAUAAAUAAAUAACAAUAAUUUAUGGAAUAUAACACAGAGUGCGUAAUGUAUACUUACGUUUUAUCGAACACAACGAGUUCAAUUCGUUUAAAAAGAAGGGUUUAUAUUCUAUUGUUCCUUCUUUUUCGUCAAUUCAAAAACUUUGUUAUUGGUUCCUAAAAGUAGCAUUAUUCGUAAACUAAUUCCGAUACGUUAUAACAGAAAUGAUUUCCGCGUACCGGGUAACUUUCUCUCGGAAAGUUUAAGCAACAAAAAUAUUCUUUAUUUACAAGAAUUUACGAAUCAAUGGAGAAAGAAAUCGUUUUGUUAGCCUGCACUCCGAACAGCACUAUAGACACACGUCGUUAUUGUGUAUCCUACUCGCAGGACAAAAUCUAAUGUAGCAGAUCCUGUACAAAGUAAAUCUAACAGGAAUCGAAAAUAAAUUUAUGUUUCUAAGAAAUACGUUCAAAGAAUCGUAUUCUUUAUCAUU